AAGUAUCUAAUUUUAAUAAAAUAAUUCUCUAAGGUUUUGUUUGUAAUCAAUGUGAUUGAACUAUAUUAUUUAUAAAUCGUGAAAAAACUAGUAUAUAAGUAACAAUUUCUUGCUUUAAAUUUAAAAUAUUGAUAUUACGUUGGUGACGUUAUUGAAGCCAGAUCAAGUGUUAUUAAACACGGGUUUAAAAUUUAACGAUAAUAAACUAGUUUUCUACUAUGUAACGAUUAGCCAAAUCAUUCAAAUUGGUUAAGAUCGCGCACUACUCAACAAAAAAUGGCCAAGAAAAAUGUUCGUAACGUAAUUAAGAAAAAUGAAUCGUCAAGCGUACUGAUCAACGCUCCAAAUGCUUCAGAGUACAAGACGCCAACUGCGUUCAUUCAAACCGAAGCCAACAAGGAUCCCGAACUCAUACCGCAUUGCCUUAGUUCGUUUUGCUACUUAGGCUUGUUUGUAUGGCUCAUGUUGGACAAAAAUUAUAAUCUAUUAAUUGAUCGCAACUCGUUGAUUAUUAUUGUUAUUUGUUACAUGAUCGAAUUUGCCAAGUACGCCUGUCAUUCUUAUUUAGUCAGUAGAAUAUCAAACCAAAUCAAACCUAAGAUCAACCCAAUAUUUUGGAUAUUUCAAUUUGUUGCCUCCACAGUAUUAGCUGUGGGUGUAGCAUAUUUCUUUUCGAUUCUGUUUGGAGCGCCAGUUACUACUAAACAAGAACAAACGCUUAUGUUCUCGUUACUUUUAACAGCGGUCAUAAUUACACCAACUGCUGUACAACUUGGGUCAAAUAUACUGCCAUUAUUAUUGACCGAUUGUUUAGAAACCGAAUUUGCUAGUACUAUUGAAUCAUAUGAAAGGAAUAAUUUCCGAGUAACAAUUUUAGGAGCAUUUAUUGGUGCAGUUGUUAUACCUUUUGACUGGGAAACCGAAUGGCAACGUUGGCCAAUUCCAUGUUCUGUUGGUUUAAUAGGAGGACAUUUGUUAAUUAAUGUUUAUGAAAUAGUAUGUUGGCAAUUUAAAUCGUUGAAGAAAACAUUUUCUUUUAAGAAAAUUAAAUUUUGAUUAAAUAUUUAUAUUCAGUACGUGUUAGAUGAAUGACCAAACUUAUUUUUAUGUUAAAAAAGAAGAGUGAAAUGCUAAAAUUGCACAAAAUUGUAAAUAUAAGUGU